AUGGCGAAACGAAAGUCAGAGAGAGAUCCCGAAGAGUUGCCCGAUGCGUCGGACAAGCGCAAGCAGAACGAUGACGACGAGUCCGGCAGCGACGAGGACAUGGACAUGGUGAACGUCGACUUUGAAUGGUUCGAUCCGCAACCCGCAGUCGAUUUCCACGGGAUCAAGAACCUCUUGCGCCAACUUCUAGACGUGGAUUCGCAGUUGUUCAAUCUCUCUGAACUCGCCGACAUUAUACUGUCGCAACCGCUACUUGGCAGUACGGUCAAGGUUGACGGCAAUGAGACGGAUCCAUAUGCCUUUCUUACUGUGUUAAACCUGGAGACACACAAGGACAAGAAAGUGAUCCGAGACCUGACAACCUACCUCUCCAAAAAGUCCGCGCCGAUCCCCACUCUCCCGCCCCUACUAACACCGUCGUCGCCUGCGCAAAUCGGCCUCAUUCUAACCGAGCGCUUCAUAAACAUGCCGCACGAAAUUGUCCCACCAAUGUACACGAUGCUUCUGGAAGAGAUACAAUGGGCGGUUGAGGAGAAGGAGCCUUACACAUUCACCCACUACCUCGUCCUGUCGAAAUGCUACUCGGAGAUACAGAGUCAAUUGCCGAGUGAAGAUGCGCCACCGAGCAAGAAGAAGAACAAGAAGGCCGAUGUGGGUGAGGAGACAUUUUAUUUCCAUCCCGAAGACGAGGUGCUGCACAAGCAUGCGGUGGGAUACACAAGCUUUGAGUAUGACACACCCGUAGAUGAGGGUGCGAGUGAUAGCAAGAGGGCGUUCCAGGAGUUGGGUGUCAAGCCCAAGGGACAUAUGGUGCUGAUCGAGGCGGACAAGUUCAAGGGUGCUGUGGAGGCUGUCAAGACGUUCUUGAAUGGGCAGUAA